AUGUCCAGUUUGAAGUCCAAUACCACCAAAAGAUUACCACUUGUCAAACAAUUGCGUUUAUUCGUAGAUAAAAGCGGUAUUAUUCGUUGUGAAGGACGUAUACAUAACGCGCCAUUAUCCGACGUCACCAAAUUCCCCUAUUUGUUACCGAAGAGACAUCCACUUACACGCCUGAUUGUACUAGACACACAUGAGAACCAGUUACAUGCAGGAACGAACGCUACUGCUACCCAGUUAAGGCAGAAGUACUGGAUCCCAGCUACCAGGCAGUGCGUAAAAUCUAUCCUCAGGAAAUGUACAAUAUGCAGACGAGUACAAGGAAAGCCGUAUAGAGCGCCAGAUCCACCACCAUUACCAAAGUAA